GUUCGGUAUUAGAAGUCACUUGUGUUUGUUUGGAAACGUUGACUCGAGUGCUUACGAUUUUAGAAUGCUUGAAAUAUGGCAGAGUUGGUGAGUUUUUGGUAUGGAGGGGUGGUUUUAGCAACUGUGUAGUCGAACUGGAGAAAUGCAUAAGUUAUCUUCAGAAACAUCUAAACUUAUAUCAAGUGCGCAAGUAGCAACCAGUGUCAGUAACGUCGUAAAAGAACUAACUGAGAAUGCACUGGACGCCGGUGCAACGUCGAUUCAAGUCAAAUUGGUCGAUUUUGGGCUUGAAAAAAUCGAAGUUCGGGAUAAUGGUUGUGGAAUUAAAGCAGAAGAAAUGAAAUAUGCGGCGCAAAGGCAUUACACGUCGAAGUUACGCACUGACAAAGACUUGCUAUCAUUAUUGACAUACGGUUUUCGGGGAGAAGCCCUCAGCUCUGCAUGUGAAGUUUCUGAUGUUUGCAUUACAACAAAAACAAGGUACGAUGCAUAUAGCACUGCUUACACACUGGACUCAAAGGGAAGUAUAUCCCUUUCACGACCUUCUCAUUUAGGUCAAGGAACAACUGUUGUGAUUUCGAACAUUUUUAAAAAUUUACCUGUCCGAAAAAGUUACUAUGCCAACUCUAAAAAACGCAAGGAGCAACUCAAACUAACAGAGGACAUGCUUAUUGCAUAUGCACUUGCUAAUCCUUCAGUUCAUCUUAGCCUCAGUCACAACAAAACUGUUAUCUGGCAGAAGCCAGCAUGCAAAACCUUAAGUGAGGCUGUGGUUAAUGUUUUGGGAAGUGCAGUUUCACAGAAUUUGGAGGAGAAAAAAGUACAGAACUGCGAAAAAACUGUUGCUAUUCAUGCAUUUGUUCCGAAAAAAGUCAUUUUAAGAAGAACAUGUGACAGAUGUUAUGUGCUUAUUAACAAACGACCAAUUCAAGAAAAACAGAUUGAUAAAACUAUAAAAAAGAUGCUCGGAAAAGGGGACAGUGAAAAAGAGAAUAAUCAAUCAGGAUGGCCGACAGCAAUUCUUUCCAUCACCCUUCCAACUGAUACAGUGGAUGUAAAUGUUAAUCCCAACAAAACCCAAGUCAUGCUAACUUUGAAGGAAGAAGUUCUUAAACUAGUUGAGAAUCUGCUUGAACCUAAUUUAAACCUACAGACGGAUAACACUACAAAUGGCAGCAGUAACUCAGGUCAAAAUAGAUUAGUUACAACAACAGACGGAAAAUUCUCAUCACAUGCAGGAAGAACAACAACAGAAGUUACAACAACAGAAGAAAAUUUGCAUCAAACCCUAGAAACCUGCACUGGUAGUAAAGAAAUGCAUUUACAUUCUCGCUCAUUGUUUGAGAUAGAUGGCACAGAAUCACAAGACUACAGACUCCAAAGUACGCUAAACAACACAAACGCGCCCAUUUUUCCUGACUUUGAUUUGAUAUCUCAAUCUUGCUUGAGCACAAAUACAGACAAUGAAUGUACAGCAGUACCUGAACCUGUUGCAACGAUUUCAGACCCUACAGUAUGUAAUUCAGUAAGUAACCAUACAUUAGGUAUUAGCUGUACUGAGGGUGAAAAAGAACAAAAUAUACUUCAACAAAACUGUAACAGAAAUGAUAAAGUACCUGCUCAAAAUGAUCAUGUCGUUCAAAAACUUACACCAGAUGCUUCAAUGCAAAGCAGAAUUGAUGUAGAUCAUUCAGAUAUGUCCAAUGACCAUACAGUAAACCCUAUUUCUAAAAUUGGAAAUAACUCAGAUUUUGAAAAUGAACAUACUGCUGCUAUGGAGUCUAGUCACCAUGAACUUAAUAUUUCAAAUAAAAAGCAUGGAGAAAAUGUCAGUGCUUCUGGUUGGAGUAGAGGGAGAAUAGCUACUGAUGAAAAUGGGUCAUAUAUUCAACCUGUGAGAAUGUGUACUGGUGUGAAGAGACCUUCUGUGUCUCUAUCCCCUUCAAGUAGCUUGAGCCAUGAGACUUCAGUAAAGAAACCUAGAUCCGUGUUUGAUGUUUUGAAUGAGAGUGCUAAAGGUUUGGACUGGGAGAAUGCAUCAGCAAGCAUGAGAAGAGACUGUGUCUCCGUUGCAUGUGCAGAAUACGAUAACCACAAACGUUCAGCAACAAAAAUGAACAAACCAUCUUCAAAAGAAAGGAGAAAAUUCCGAAACUCUUUUAUAAACUUAAACAAAAAGUCCAAUAACUCCUUGGGUAGUGGAAAUAGUGCAAUGCCAUCAACAGAAGAUGAUUUGAUAGAUGGCCCAACAGAAUUUUCAUUAACCUUUAGUUUAAUGUGUUUUCUUAAAGAAACACAGACUCCCGGAUUAUCUCAACUAUCUAAAGCUAAAGUGAUUGGAAUAAUUACUGAUCUGGAAUACAGAGGUGCUGUCAUUAGCAUUGGGGAUAGUUUGUACUUAACGAACUUGCACCGGUUACAAGAACAAUGUUUUUUCACUGAAAUGAUGAAAAAUCAUGUUUUUACAAGUGUCCCUUGUGAACCAAUUGAUAUAACAAAAUGCAAUCUAAGCCCUACUGAGUUUUCUACCCUAAAUACUUUAUCUACUUGUGUUUCUAUGGAUUUUGGUUGCAGCCAAGAAGUUACUGACGAAAGAAUUUGCUCAAAUGGUUUUAAAGUAGUGAAACUUGUACCUAAUGACAAAACAGAAACAUGGCAAUUAGUUGGAGUAGCUAAGGGACUAUUAAACCACACACCAAUGCAAAAUCUAAAGGAAAUUUUAAACAUAAUUCACCAAAAUCCAGACUCACAAUUAAGCUCAUGCAGAUGUCUUAAUGCAAUAAACUUUUUUCAAGGAGAAGCCGCAAGAGUGGCAAAAUCAUCUACUCCUUUUACUAAACCAAAUAAAAUCCAAGACCUUAUUAAUUUACUGCCUAAAACAAAUGGUUCAGUUAUUAAAGGAAAGUGUUUUCAUAACAAACCUAUUUUUAUUAAACUGUCUGAUGUUAGGUAAAUGAUAAGUUAAUUUAUACUUAAAAAAUCUGUUAUGUUUCCGCUAUUUCACCUCAUAGUGUAACAUGUUUUAAACAAUGCCCCCUUUAAAAACUUCUUUCCUUUUGUUUGUUCACAGAACAAAUAAUACCUUCUUUCUCAACACAAAGCAUUUUCUACAUUUUUCCAG